AUGGCCAAAAUCCAGCCCAUUUCUUCUUCUCCCUGCUCCACCUCUUUCUCCGGUGAACAGGAGGGCAGGCAGGCGUACACGGUGUGGAUGAAGUCGCUGCUGUUCAACGGCAAUGGUUGCGCGGUGUACGGCCCCGACGGCGUCGUCGCCUUCCGCGUCGACAACUACGGCUGCAGGGGCGGCCGCGAGGCCCUCCUCAUGGACCGUGAGGGGAACGCACUCAUCAGGAUCAGACGCAAGGGCUUCGGGACGUUCACGAGGUGGGAGGUCUGCCGGUGCGCGCAGGACGGCGGCGAGGAGGCGACGCCAUGGUUCACCGUGCGGCGGGCUGAGAAGGGCGGGGCGGCCGUCGCGAUGAACGGCGGUGCGGGGACGUGUUACAGGGUCGACGGAAGCUGCGCGCGCAAGCCGGCGUACAGAGUUCGCGGCGUGGAUGGCUCCGUUGUGGCGGAGGUGGUACGGAAGCAGACGGCGGCGGGGGUGGAGCUGGGGGAGGACGUGCUGACGCUGACGGUGGCGCCCGAGGCGGAUCACCUGCUCGUCUUGGGUUUGGUCGUCGUGCGUGGUCUCAUCAACCGCUCCUUGUGA